AUGACCAUUGGAUUCCAUUCUGAUUCCAUUUUUCAAAUAAAAGGGUUCUCCGUCUCCGAAAUUCACAGAACUUUCUACAAAGUUCAUCCCGCCACCAUCGACUCCAAGAAUCUUCUAGAACACAACCCCAUAGCCAUUGUCUAUCUAUAUUCUCCUCCUUUCUCCCCAUUUCCUUCCCACCAAGGAGCACUGCCAUUUGAAAUACCCAGUUUGAAGCCGCACCGUCUGAUCUCGAUCACUCCAGCAAUGGCCGACGACAACGCCGUCACGCUCUACAGCAACGCCGCCAUCACCGACACCAAGAAGAACCCCUUGUCCGUCAAGGUCGCUUUGACCCAGAUGCUCCGCGGCGGCGCCGUCGUCGAGGUCACGACCCUGGAUCAGGCCAAAAUCGCCGAGUCUGCCGGCGCGUGCUGCGUCGUGGUCUCCGAUCCGCGCGUGGCGGGGAUCUCCCGCAUGGCCGAUCCUUCCGUAAUCAAGGAAGUUAAGCAAGCACUGUCGAUCCCCGUGAUGGCGAAAGCUAGGGUUGGGCAUUUCGUGGAGGCGCAGAUCCUCGAGUCGAUCGGCGUCGAUUACAUCGACGAGAGCGAAGCCCUGGCCGUCGCCGACGAGGAUCACUUCAUCAACAAGCACAAUUUCCGCGCCACAUUCGUCUGCGGGUGCCGGGAUCUGGGGGAGGCUCUGAGGAGGGUCAGGGAGGGGGCAGCUUUAAUACGGUCGCAGGGGGAUCUCAACGGAUCUGGAAAUAUUGCAGAGACCGUGCGGAGCGUGAGGAGGGUGAUGGGCGAGAUUAGGGUUUUGAGCAACAUGGACGAGGACGAGGUUUUCACCUUCUCAAAGGGGAUUCAAGCGCCCUACGACAUUGUUGCCCAGACUAAGCAGAUGGGCCGCUUGCCGGUGGUCCACUUUGCGGCGGGAGGAAUAGCAACACCAGCGGAUGCUGCACUGCUGAUGCAGUUGGGCUGUGAUGGGGUGUUCUUGGGCCCGGAGGUUUUCGACUGCCCGGAUCCCUAUAAGCGAGUUCGGGCCAUUGUACAGGCUGUGAGGAACUAUAACGAUCCAUUGGGGCUGGCGCAGGCGAGCAGUGGUUUGGAGGACUCAUUGGCAGGAUUGAAUCUCGGUGAAAAUAGGGGCGCUUAUUGA